GCCUGUCUCUUAUACACAUCUAGAUGUGUAUAAGAGACAGGAGAGAGAGAGAGAGAGAGAGAGAGAAUGGGAGAGGAUGGUGAGGACUCGACGGACAACCAUGUCCGUUAGAAGGGAAACGGUGGCGCUGAAUGCCUGCAAACCGGAUCCCGACGAAGAGGAAAAGGCGUGCAAAAGUUCGAUAAAUGGAACAAGGGGAGGGGUCAAGAAAUCGGCCACGGGGGCGCGGAAGACGGCGAAACUGGGCGUAGUGAUUAACUCGUACGAGGAGCAGCGUUUGGCGCGCAUUGCGGAGAACAAGGCAAGAUUGCUGGCGGCGGGAAUCCACAGUGACGUGGCAAAUCUGAGGGCGUCGAUGAGAAGUGCCACCCUCCCUUCAUAUCGGCUAGAUCGGAAGAAAGUGAAGCAAGAGGAGGGUAUGGAAGACGGAUCCGCGGCCAAUGAAGUUGGGAUGAGAUCGCGUGCGGCGGCGGCGGCGGCUAGCGCGGAGUCUUCCCGACGGCGGUCGGAGAGGCUUGUUGCCAUUGCGCCUGUCAACUACAACGAGGGCAAAGACGAGAGAACGCCCGGGAUUAAUAAGAGGCCAAUUGUGACCAAGGAGUACGAAUUGGGUGCGUUUGAGAGGUUAUCUGCGGGCGCAUUGAUGAGCAGCGCGGGGCGGCGGCGCAAGGUGUACGAUAACCUUGAAGCUGACGAGGGUUGGAAACCACUGGUUCUUCCGCCUCAUUUGCAGCGGCAUAGAUGCGAUUCUGAGGGGAGGGGGAGCGUGUAUGAUCCCGUGGUCGGGCUGUGUUGCCAUUUCUGUAGGCAGAAGAAGUUAUGCGCGGAGCCGGACUGCGAACGAUGCGGGGGAAUGGACGUGACUAAGCGCUGCAGGGGGAAGACGGAGUGCAGCCGCUGUCAGUCGUCGACGGGAAUCUUUUGCCGCGCUUGCAUUCUGUUACGUUAUGGGUCGUCGCUGGAGGAGGUGAGAUCGAAUCCCAAGUGGAUAUGCGCACAUUGUACGGAAGCAGAGGGAAAGGAUCCCUACUGGAUAUGCAACAGCUCUGUCUGUCUCAAGAGGCAUAAGCUGCCGCCGCUCGGGAUCGCGAUCUACGAGGCGCGGCGACAUGGGUAUCCUUCCGUUGCGCAUCUCCUCAAGGCCAAGCUUCAAGAAGUCGACAGAGAUAAUUAGGGCAUAGUCACACGAGGGGGACGGCUUGUUUUUACGUACUUCUGGACGUGAUAGCGGCCGCAUACAUCUCAGUAUUGCUGUAAUUGCGGUCUGGUGCAUUUAGGACUAGCGAGGGGGACUGUCUGUUUUUCUUACUUAUUUUCUGGACGUGAUAGCGGCCGAAUACAUCUAAGUAUGGCCGUAAUUGCGGUCGGGUACAUUUAGGACUGUGCUAGUGUGAGUAUCUGGACGUCGUAGCGGCCGCAUACGUCAAAGUACGGACGUAAUUGCGGUCGGAUACAUUUAAGACUCUGCUAGUGCGAGUACGCUGUUAGACUUGUCGUUUUCCACUUCUGUUAGGAUUUGUGCUUUUCCUCUAGACCAAGCUUCAGUCGCUCCUUACAGAUAAAUGUAGACUUACUUU